GCGAGAAUUCACCAGGAGAAACGUCUGCAGAAUGAAGGAGAAGAACGAAGAACGAAACCAACAACAAAUGUCAGACUUCUACAUUUAUUUCUCCAUGACCUUAAAGGAUAUACACAUGCAUCCAAGAACAAACCAAGACAAGUUAAUAAAUAUGGACACAAGUCUAAUUCAAAACAAACGUAUUUGAAAGAGAGAAGGAAAAUGGCAGUAUAUUUCCACACUAUGGGACAAUGGAAGUGAUAGAAGGGAAGAUGACGGAAGAUCCGAUGACCUUUGACCCCACCGUCGGACCGAAUCACUCCAGCCAGCACUGGCCUCUUAUUGACGUCAACGAAACGAGCUCCACCUACGCCAUAAAUCUUCUCCUCUCCUGCAUCUACACCGCCCUGUUCUUCCCGCUCGGCCUCGUGGGUAACGUCCUGAUUCUGCUGGUGAACUUUGACCCUCGUCAACGCAUGAGCACCCCCGACCUGUACUUCACCAAUUUGGCUCUGGCCGACCUGGUGCUGGUGCUGGACUCGCUCAUCGAGGUGUUCAACCUGAGCGCGCACUACUACGACGACGCCGUGCUGUGCUCCUGCAUGGCGCUCUUCCUGCAGGUCAACAUGUACAGCAGUGUGUUCUCGCUCACCUGGAUGAGUCUGGACCGCUGCCUUGCGCUGACCGGCCUCAGGGCGCGCGCGCUACCCGAAAACGCUUCCGCCUCGCACCAUCCGCGCGUCGCCCGUAGGGCUUGCGUGACCAUUUGGGCGGCGGCCACCCUGUGCACGCUGAUCCCAUUCGCUACAGCGCACAUGCAUCACGGCUGGGGGCGUGGCUUCUGUUUUGCGGGUGUGGCCGAGGUGCAGUGGCUGGAGGUGACGCUGGGAUUCGCCCUGCCUUUUUGCGUGAUGGGCGUUUGCUACACCCUGAUCGCGCGCGUGCUUCUGCGCUCCGAUAGGCCGCAGCGAACCAAAGCCCUGCGCAUGAUCGUCGCAGCCGUGAGCGUGUUUUUUGUGUGCUGGCUUCCGGAGAACGUCUUCAUCAGCGUCCAUCUCCUGAGUGGCGACACUGACGCCUCACGGCGGAGAGGGAACCACACGUUGUGGCAGCGCUACCCGCUGACGGGACACGUGGUGACCUUGGCGGCCUGCGCCAACAGCUGCCUGAACCCGCUCGUCUACAGCCUGCUGGGAAACACGUUCAGACAGAAACUGCAAGUGUUCGUCGCGCAUCACGUGCACUGCCUGCAUACAUGCGCGCAGAAUGUGAGCGCGACGCCACCCUGUCCAUGCGUCGCUUGCACAAACACGCACCAUUCGUGCUCGCAUGAGAAUAUGGAGGAGGAGGAGCGUGACCUCCGGAGCGGCGAGGAGGGGCGAGAGUGUGUGUGUGACCGAGUGGGAUAAACAGUCAUGUUGUAAUGACACAGGAGGACGAGUUCUUGACUUUAUCCUAUAAAAUCAUUACUAUAAUACUUAUAUUAAGCAAGUGAUUGAAUAUGUCAGUAAAAACACACAAAACCUUUUAAAUAAACGCUGUUCUUUUGAUCGAUCUAUUCAUCAAACACUCCUGCUCAUGGUUUCAACUAAAAUAUCAGUGAUGAUAAUAAUCAGAAAAGUUUCUUGAGCUGCAAAUCAUCAUAUUAGAGUGAUUUCUAAAGGAUCAUGUGACACUGAAGACGGCUGAGUGAGAAUUCUGCUUUGAUCGAAGGAAUAAAUUGUGUUUUAAAAACAUUAAAUAUUUCAGAAUAUGACUGUUUUUAACAUGAACAAACAAUGAACUGUAGUUUUAUCAAGUAAUAUUAACGAAGGUUAACCAAUGCUGUAAAAAUAUAUUGCUCACAGUUCAUGUUAAAGGAGUAGUUCACUUUUCAAAA